AUGGAUUUGGAUAUAUGGCUCAAAAACUCUAAGUGUUGUUCGAGGAAUCAGGAAUCAACGGUUAAUGAUAAUUAUAAAGAUGCGAAAAUGUUGGAAAAAGAGAUCCAAACGGAGGCGGAAUUCGUUUUCCGGAAUGGUGCAUUGAAAUUAAUUGCUGAAUGUGUAAAGGAAUAUGGAAUUUCAGAAACAUAUAGAAUACCGAAACCGUUAUUAGAUAUUGAAUGCCUAAAAGAUCAAGUGCUGCAGAACUCAGCUUCGACAUUAGAAAUACAAACGCUGCGAGAUUUAAGGUCAGGCAAAGUUACUGGUUAUAUCGAAGUAUUGAAUGAUAAAAAUGCUGAAACAGAUGAUGCAAAAACAUCGAUGUCACUCACCAGGUCUCCAGAUCCAAAAGGUGUUUCAAAUUUUAUGGGUUCUGCAAGCAACAUUCCUUUUAUGCCCGGUGGUUUCGAUGCGGAAAUCGAGAAUGUACUUCGUUUGAAUGAUAUUGAUAUAUCGACAGACGAAAACUUUGAAGAAGAAGCAUAUCUGCGUCUCAAUGGGAAGCUUUACAGACUUUCUGGAAUAUUAUUGUCAUUUUGA